ACAAAAAUAUAAGAUAAAACCAAUUUGAUAGAACUAAAUACUACUAGGUUAGGUUCAAUUUUUAUUUUUGUUUAUAAGUAAUACACAGACAUUUUAAUAUGAAUAACACCGUUGUUACGCCAGGAACAGUUUUGUUGAGUGAAGAGCCAUUUGUCCACAUUCUGCAAUCUAAGUUAAGAAGCGAAAGAUGCGAAUUUUGCUUUGAAAGGUGCCAGCUCAUGAAAUGCUCAGGCUGCCAGUAUGUGCAUUACUGCGGCCGCCAAUGCCAGAAGAGAGCCUGGGCUGACCACAGGACGGAGUGUGCUAACUUGAAGAAGGUUGCUCCCCGGAUCGUCCCGGAUGCUGCACGCACUCUUGCCAGGAUAUUCUUCAAGCUGAAAAGGGGCGGAGACAUGGAGAGGAAGUUCUACUCCAAGACUCAGUUCCGAACCUUCAGGGAUCUGAUGUCUCAUUACUCUGAUAUCAAACAGGAUGAGAAGAAAAUGGAACAUUUUGCAUCAUUAUUCGCAGUGCUCACUGAGUUUUUAGGUGAAGAAAAUGUGCCAAAUUCUGCAGAGCUUUUGGGAAUAUAUGGCCGUAUGUGCGUGAACAGUUUCAACAUCUCUGACGCGGAGAUGCUGAGCAUCGGGACGGGGAUCUACCUGGGAGCAUCUGUCGUGGACCAUUCGUGCGAUCCCAACGCGGUGGCUGUCUUCAAUGGAACUACCAUCAACAUCCGAGCCGUGAAGGAGAUACCAACUCUGGACUGGAGCAAGAUCUUCAUUUCAUACAUUGAUGUGAUGAAUUUCCCCAAAGACAGGCAAAAGGAGCUACAAGAAACCUACUAUUUCCUGUGUGGAUGCUCUAGAUGUAAAGACAUCGAAGAAAUCAAAUCAAUGUCUGCAAUUCUAUGUCCGAAUACAAAAUGUGGGUCUCCUGUUCCAGUAACAAAAGAGGAUGCUGGACAUAACGACUUGUCCUGCCCUGUGUGUGGAGAGGCCGUAAGUAAUGAUACUUACCAAGAAUACCUGGAAGUUGCAGAGUUUACGCAAGACCAACUUAAAAACAUGACGGCAGACCUGGACGUGUGCGCGGUGUGCCUGAGGAAGCAGCGCGGGCUGUUCCACGAGCUGGACCUGCUCCGUGCCAAGGUGCUCGACCUGGCCCUGGAGAGCUGCAUCGCGCUGGGCCAGUGGGAGGACGCGGCUCGCCACGGCACGCGGCUGCUGCCUGCCUACAGGAGGUACUACGGGGCGAGGCACCCCUUGUUCGGGGUGUUCCUCUUGAAGCUGGCGAAGAUCAGCCUGUACCUGGGCCGCGCGCCGGAGUGCUCGCGCCUGCUGGCGGAGGCCCAGGGCGUGGUCGCGCUCACGCACGGCCGCCAGCACGGCCUCUACACGGGCGAGCUGUCGGCCCUGUGGCGCCAGUGCCGGGCCGAGUGCGCUUCCUCGACUGUCGCACCUUAGGUUCUUGUUGCAUGUCCUCCUCGUUGCUGUGAACUAGAGGUGGGUUGUUACAGCAAUUUUCGGUAUCAGUUCCAACCAGUUACUGAUACAGUAAUGUACCUGUUACAAGUAGCUGAUACUUCUGUAUCAGCUACAGCAGUAGCUGUCCCAGGAAGCAACAAGGUAUCAGCAUUCUCGUUACAGGUUACACAUCCUCUGUGCCGUCAUCACCAGCGUAAAAAGGUAUCAGUUUUCUCGUUCCAAGUUCUUCGUAAAAAGGUAUCAGUUUUCUCAUUCUACAUUCUUCGUAGUCUAAAAAGGGUAUCGGUGUUCUCUUUCCACGCCUUUCGUAAUCGGAGUCUUCAAUCUUUGCAAGGAGCACGUACUGCGCACUGAGCGUACUUUGAUGAGAAGCCUAAGAUGUACAUCAAGCUCUGUCCCUGCCAGAACAUGCCCGAAUAUUCACCUUCGGCCAACCUCGGGAUUUGUUUUAUUUUUGCGCAGGAAAAAUGAAUUCAAAUAUUAAAAGUGGUCGGUUAGGUUAGCUACA